AUGGAACUCACGUUCUUGGUCGGACGAGAUGGCCAAAAUGUAAAAAGGCCUCGUCGGGCGUGCACACCGUGCCGCCAGAAAAAGGUGCGGGCUGGGAUCAAGAUACUGAGGAAACGGUGCUUCCACGGAAUCUCAGCUGGCUCAGAUCACCAAUCAUCGCAUGCAAGGCUGUCGGAGCCGCUGAACAGUCAAGUUGAGGAAGUUGCCCACCAAAAGGCAACUCUCGCGACAUCGGACAGUCCAGCAGGGCGGGAUUUAUCCCCACAACUUGACGGGCAAGAGGCUCAAAAUUCUCCCGACACAUCUACUACCAUUAGCGAUCGCGCCAGGAGGGAAUUUGGUACUCCCCGUUUCUUGUGCUAUACCAGUCCUUUGGUAGCGUUGCAGAACAAUCCGCAACCUCCGCAACCUAGGCUAGCCAGUGGCCAAUCCCGCGAAGGAGAUCUGGGAGCCUGGUCCUAUGAAGAGAACAGUACACCCAAAGAAAGUGGACCGCAAAGGUCGCCAACUCCUCAACAGCAUGCAUAUCCGGGGAUCUUGCCCUCAAGAGGAAGCCAAGUUGCAUUGAUGGAAAUAUUCUUUUCCCGCGUACACCCGCUGUUGCCAUUAGUGGACGAAGAUGACACCCGUGUUCAAUUUGAAAAUGGUACUUUGCCUCAUCCGCUUCUUCAAGCUAUCUGUCUUGUUGCAGCAAAGGACCAGAGUGCGACGCCUUUCCUGCUUCUAGGGUCGGACGCGACGCUGUUGCCUGUCAACAAGUUUGGCCAACGGCUGUACAAAGAUAUACUGGAGAACAUGCCUCACAGGAGAGAUGGGAACAGGUUGCUCAUAAUACGGAUCCUUGCUCUUUUAUCACUCCACGAAUGGGGCCGCAACGGAUCAGAGGAAAGCUCUUUAACUUUGACUCAAGCUAUUCACCAUGCGUGGUCUAUCGGCUUACAUCUUCGGCGAGCUGAUAGCGAGACUUCGCCGAAGGCUCAAUCUCUCUUUUGGUGUCUAUGGAGCCUUGAUAAAUGGAGCUCGGUCGUGGAAGGAAGACCGGUAUUGAUACAUGACUGUGAUCACGGACAGAAAGUGACCGAUGUGCUUCCUUUGUUCAAACCGCCGCAACGGAUAUGGCUUCUCAUUGCAAAUCAACUGGGUCGUGUUAUCAGAACUUACAGACCAAGGCUCGAGGGGACCCAAGAUCAAUAUCCAGAUCUUUCUCUCUUUGAGGAGUUUGUUGAAACGUCCGAGGCGUGGGAUACUGAUCCGCUGCUGCUGGGUGAGUACGUUCUAUAUUCGAGAAUCUUUUGCAUGAUAACUUAUCAACUGUACCCAGACUCGCUUGAGCUCUAUUAUCACGCUACCAUUAUUCUUGGCACAUAUUCGGCCGAACUUCAAGGCCGCUAUCCUUCACGAGAGUGCAGGAUCCAUCAAAGUCAGGCCAUCCUAGCCCUCGCAGCGACCUGCCGACGAACUGAUAUUAGGGAACUUUCUCCUCUGCCAAUAUCUGCCUACAGCAUUUCCCUCGCCUUUUCGAUCACCUACAGGCAGUUACAAAAAGCAAAGCUAACAAGUCAUCAACUCCUGGCAAGGGAUAAUCUUUCAAUAUUCCACCAGAGUUUGAAAUCGCUUAGUUGUAUCUGGUGGCUCGCAGCAGUCAUGAUGCGUCUGGGCAAGCAAGCCCUGGAAAAUAUUCAACGUCCUGCAACCCAGGGACAAUCCAGAUCACAACCGCCUACAAGUCAGUUGAAUGGGGUCUUGGGGACUCGAUCGUCACUUCCGCAAUCUCCAAUUCUCUCGAAUGUCAACGAUAGUACUUUGCGAACCGACACAAGCUACUUUGAUAAUCCGAACGCUUCCGAGGGCAGUCUAAAUACCUUGGAAGACCCAUUAUCUGGGACAUCGUUCUGGUCUGGCGUUGACCAUCUUUUCGAAAAUCGGGAUUUGUCGACUUUGGGAGAAGAUUCUCUUGAAACCAUUUUUGAGAAUUUCUUGGAUGCCAAUUUCCCCACCUGUUUGGGCGACCAAUCCCUUGGAGGCUACACUAUAUCAAGCUAG